GAUAUGGUGGUGUGCCACCACACUUGGCAAAUUUUAUUUUGUUUUUAUUUGUGUAUGUGUGUGUAUGGAGACCAGAUUCUCUCCAGUCCCUGUGGAUUUUAGAGAGACUCUCAUGCAGGCAAGGCUGCCCCUGAAGGAUCCUGCCUCUCCCUCCUGAGGACGGUGUUAUAGGCAUGGCCCACCAUGGCUGGUUAGAUUUCUACUGUGCCUACAAGUUAGUCUACACUGAAUUUGCUGCUGUUAUUUUUGGCCUAGAUUUAGUGUCAUGAUCUUUUAAUCCCUAAUCCCUCUUUUCCCACAGUGCACUGGGACUUAGUAUACUUUUAACCUCUUACUGGCUAAUCAAAAUUUGUAGCAAAAGAAUGAGGUCCUUGCGGCUUUUCUGCUUAAAUUCUCCACCCACCCUGUCGUGAUGAGCCAGCCAUGGCAACCUCCUAUCAGCCCUGCUGCUGCCUGCCUCUUCCUCAUUUAGGGUCUUUGCACAUCGUGUCUCCUUGCUAGUUUCCUUCCUUGUCUGGCCAAUAACUCUUGGUCCUUCAAGUCUGCAUUAUAGCUCACUCCUCAGUGAGAACUUUCACGCUCUUCUCAAGAGGCCAUUUGCCUGUACUUCCUCAUUGCACUUUGCACAGCUAUAAUUGAGUCACUUUGAAUAACUAUUUGCAUGGUCUCAAUGUCCUUAACUAGUCUAUAAACGCCAAGGGAAAGUGAAUCGUAAGCCUUUCUCCCUAGCACGUUGCUGAGCGCUCAGUGGAUGCUGUUAAAACGCUCCAGUGGGGAGCCUGCACUAGAACCUAAACUCAGUUCCCGUGUCAUAGUCUCCAAGCCCUAAAAAUACUACCAACCACUCCAGCCUUCCCUUCCUGCUUCUCAGGGAUUAAACAUAUCGGUUUGGUAUGUUUAUUUAGGAGUCUGUGAAACCAAUCUGCUAAACAAACCCAGGGUUAGCAUUACUCUACCCACAAGGGGGUUUUAGCGUUUAACCCAGGAGCUCCUGCAGAAGAGGUGCUCUCACAGGAGGUAAUCAAGGUUCCCUGUACCCGAAGAAGCUGUCAGAAGCACUCCCACCCCCACACAAAAGGAACCUACAGCAUACCUGACAUUUUCAAAUGUUUUCAACUUAUUCAUUUACUUUUGCUUUCAAUUUUUUUUAACCUUUAUUUUUUUGGGACAAACUUGGUGGGCAGGAGGUAUUAUCUUCUUUCUUAAAGGAGGGAAUCUGGGACAGGUGUAAUAAUUUUCCUAGUGUUGUACCUGGACUCGGGAGACCAGUGUUUACACUCUCUCUUGCUCUCAGGGGAUGAUUUCCAGUCUAAUUCUCUUUUUGCAAAACCAUGCUGCCUCCAAGCGUAAGCUAUUGCUGAUACAGUUUAUAUACAAAUCUGGGCCGGGAGGUGACCCGCUACUUAUCGUUCAUAAAAAGCAUUAGGCUUCUCUCAUUCAAUUAGCGGGAUCUCCACUCUGAGAUGGGACAUUUUACUAAGAGUUCUUCAACUUUGGUGCCUGAUCGAGUUCACUUAAGCCGUAAAUGUGAGUAUCAGCAGAAAAGAAAUGCUUUUGCACUCUGAGCGACUUAUGAAGUAAAAUCCAAGAAUCUUGGCCUUUUCCUCCUGAGUCUGUCAAAUCAAAACCUUCUCUAUCUAGCGAGCAGAUGGUGUUAGGUUAACAAUAUCGCAUUGCUCAGGUGUCUGCUAUUUGCAAUAACAAAACCUACUAUUAAAUAUCCCUGUACAGUGAUGAUGAUGAUUAAGAGUGCAUUUAGGGGGCUGGAGAGAUGGUUCAGUGGUUAAGAGCACUGACUGCUCUUCCAGAGGUCCUGAGUCAAUUCCCAGCAACCACAUGGUGGCUCACAAUCAUCUGUAAUGAGAUCCGAUGCCCUCUUCUGGUGUGUCUGAAGACAGCUACAGUGUUCUCAUAUAAAUAAAAUAAAUGUUUUUUUUUUUUUUUUUAAAGUGCAUUUGGAUGGUGCAUGCCUUUGAUAACAGCAUUUCGGAGGCAAGGGCAGGCAGAAAUAUGAGUUCAAGGCUAGCCUGGUCUACCUAGUGAGUUCAAGGACACCUAGAGGCACCCUGUCUCAAAAAACUAACCAAAACCCCCUACAAACAAAAAGUCUUUGCUCAUCCUUUGGAUCUCUUCUGGAUCUUAGUUCACGAAUAGAUGAUUUCUUUUCGAGCUGUUGUACGGUGACAUUAUGUUCUUCUUCGGGUCAAAAGCAGGGAUCUAUUUAAUAGCUUGGUAACUUCCACAGCAUGCUUAAUCUCGAUCUCCCCAGCUCUAACACCGGUUGGUAGCCACUUUGAACUUGAGAGUCUCUAAGAUUAAUGUGUCAGAAAGCACUUAAUGGCAAAGCCCUGCACACAGCACGUCCUGGAAUAGUGUUCAUUUUCCUGUCCUCAGAUCAAGAAUAUUUCCUCUUAAGGUCUGACAGACUCCGUGGAAGUAUGUGCAACAUUGUGUGCACACGUGUGAGGUGUCUUUUUCUUGGAAAUAAAGUCCAGAGUUUACUAGAUUAUUUUGGGGUCACUGCUCUGCAAAGGGACUGUCUAUUUUUUUUUUCCCCUCAAAUGCCAAAGGAGUAAAUGUCUUGUGUACAGGGCAAUGGCGGCGGGCUUUUUAAUAUUUAGUGGAAGUGGUGCUCCUGGGUGCUUUUUUCAAGUCCCUGAGGAAGAAAGGUGACAAAAGUCCUAAGGAAGGGCGCUGGUGUCUUCUGGGCGGACCUCCGUGAAGUUUUCUCGGUGAGCUCUUAAGAUCUCUCUCCUGGUUCCUUUUCAAAUUGGGGGAGAGUUAGCAAAUGCAGUUAUGAAUUAGGGCUCAAGUCUCGCAAGUAGCAGAAGCCUCUGCAACAUUAAGAAACGCGCUUCUGCGUGUUUUCUUAAGACAAAGCAAUUUUCCUCUGCACGUUUCUUAAAAAACUCCAGUCGCGACCCCGGCCACUCAGGGCUCCUAGGCCCAAAGUAGUGGCGGUGGGGGCGGAGAGACCGCGCGCGCCGCUUCCGCUCCUCCAGCCCACCAGAGGGCGUCACGGGCACGAUUCUACCUUCCCGAGAUGCUCCGCGCCGGGCCCCUUCCGCGUGGGUUAGUGAAUGUGAGAGUCAGCGCUCGCGCCGCGCGCGCCGCCCGUCUCUGCCGCUCGGCUCCCACAUCCCGGCUGUGAGAGGCGGGCGCGCGCGCCAGAGCAUAGAGACGGGCGUUGAGCUGUCCGGCUAGAGCGUCGCUGAAUCGGAGCCGGAGCCCGAGCCGCGCGCUGUGUCUCCGCUGCGUCCGCCGAGGCUCCGAGUGUCAGGGACAAAAGCCGCCGCCGCGCCCUCUGCUCCUGCCGCCGGGGCUCAUCCGCCGCCGCCGCCGUGCUGACGAGGAGUCCGCCACCGACGUUACCAGUGAGGAUCCGAGAGCCAUGUCGGCCAGCAGCCUCUUGGAGCAGAGACCAAAAGGUCAAGGAAACAAAGUACAAAAUGGUUCUGUGCAUCAAAAGGAUGGUCUAAAUGAUGAUGAUUUCGAACCUUACUUGAGCCCACAGGCAAGGCCGAAUAAUGCAUAUACUGCCAUGUCAGACUCCUACUUACCCAGUUACUACAGCCCCUCUAUUGGCUUUUCCUAUUCUUUGGGUGAAGCUGCUUGGUCUACUGGAGGUGACACAGCCAUGCCCUAUCUAACUUCUUAUGGACAACUGAGCAACGGAGAGCCCCACUUUCUACCAGAUGCAAUGUUUGGGCAACCAGGAGCCCUAGGUAGCACUCCAUUUCUUGGUCAGCAUGGUUUUAAUUUUUUUCCCAGUGGGAUUGACUUCUCAGCAUGGGGAAAUAACAGUUCUCAGGGACAGUCUACUCAAAGCUCUGGAUAUAGUAGCAAUUAUGCUUAUGCACCCAGCUCCUUAGGUGGAGCCAUGAUUGAUGGACAGUCAGCUUUUGCCAAUGAGACCCUCAAUAAAGCUCCUGGCAUGAAUACUAUAGACCAAGGGAUGGCAGCACUGAAACUAGGUAGCACAGAAGUUGCGAGCAGUGUUCCCAAAGUUGUAGGCUCUGCUGUUGGUAGUGGGUCCAUCACUAGUAACAUUGUGGCUUCUAGCAGUUUGCCUCCAGCUACUAUUGCUCCUCCAAAACCAGCAUCUUGGGCUGAUAUUGCUAGCAAACCUGCAAAACAACAACCUAAGCUGAAGACCAAGAAUGGCAUUGCAGGAUCAAGUCUUCCACCGCCCCCAAUAAAGCAUAACAUGGAUAUUGGAACUUGGGAUAACAAGGGUCCUGUGGCAAAAGCCCCCUCACAGGCUUUGGUUCAAAAUAUAGGUCAGCCAACCCAGGGAUCUCCUCAGCCUGUAGGACAGCAGGCCAAUAAUAGCCCACCAGUGACUCAGACAUCAGUAGGGCAACAGACACAGCCAUUGCCUCCACCUCCACCACAGCCUGCUCAGCUCUCAGUCCAGCAGCAGGCAGCUCAGCCAACUCGCUGGGUAGCACCUCGGAACCGUGGCAGUGGGUUCGGUCAUAAUGGGGUGGAUGGUAAUGGAGUAGGACAGUCUCAGGCGGGUUCUGGAUCUACUCCUUCAGAGCCUCACCCAGUGUUGGAGAAACUUCGGUCCAUUAAUAACUAUAACCCUAAAGAUUUCGACUGGAAUCUGAAACACGGCCGGGUUUUCAUCAUUAAGAGCUACUCUGAGGACGAUAUCCACCGUUCCAUUAAGUAUAAUAUCUGGUGCAGCACAGAGCAUGGUAACAAGAGACUGGAUGCCGCCUAUCGUUCCAUGAACGGGAAGGGUCCCGUGUACUUACUUUUCAGUGUCAACGGCAGUGGACACUUCUGUGGAGUUGCAGAGAUGAAAUCUGCUGUGGACUACAACACAUGUGCAGGUGUGUGGUCCCAGGACAAAUGGAAGGGUCGUUUUGACGUCAGAUGGAUUUUUGUGAAGGACGUUCCCAAUAGCCAACUGCGACACAUUCGUCUAGAGAACAACGAGAAUAAACCAGUGACCAACUCUAGGGACACUCAGGAAGUGCCUCUGGAAAAAGCUAAGCAGGUGUUGAAAAUCAUAGCCAGCUACAAGCACACCACUUCCAUUUUUGAUGACUUCUCACACUAUGAGAAACGCCAAGAGGAAGAAGAAAGUGUUAAAAGGAACGUCAAGGCCGUGGGAAAUAAAAAGCGGUUCUGCAUAGACUGCAGCAACGGUUGCGUCUGCUUAUCCUAAGAGGACACGAUGACCUGCAAGAAAAUUAGGACUUUUUUUCUUAAUUUCAUUGACUUCAGAGACAAUUGCAAACUUGCAGUUUAAGUAUUGGAAUUUCACAAAAGACAUAGGACUUAACUGGAAAAUGGGGAAAAAAAAAAAGGAAAAAAGAAAAACCUAAACAAAAAUUCCCUCUAGGUAGUUUAGGUAAAAAAAAAAAAUGUCCCUUUUAUUUUGGCUUUGGUUGUGAUUCAGAGCAUAAUGCUUUGGGUUGGUUUUUUUUUUUUUUUUUUUUUUUUUGUCUUUUUACUAUAUUUUUCGGAUUUUUAAGUCCGUAAGUGCAUACAAUUUUCUCUAAUUUUUAAACCCUUUCCUCCUCCCAUUUUGACAUUUGCACUUGGAGAACACUUGAGUUGCGCAGAUUUUGGGUGUCCACCCCAGAAAGUGGGAAUUUGAUUUUUCCCUUCCGAACUGGAAGAAAAUUUUUAUGAAGAAUUUUUGUCUAGGAAAGUUUAAUAACAGUGUUAGCCAAGGUUGAGUCUGUAAGGGUGGUUCAUUUCUCUGACCCUUUGUUACUCAAAGUAAAGUGCUCGGAGUCCUAAGAAAUGUUCUGUUCUUGUGUAUUAUACUGAUUAAGUCAGGAUUAAUUUGAUUUCAAAGCUAAGAACAGUGGUAAAAACUUGUUUUCAGAAAUGCAUUUUGGAAGAGAAAAUAUUGUAAACAUGUAGUGAAUGUUUCUUCAGUUUCUUGUUCAGCCAAUGAGGAAAGGGCAUUGCCUUUCUUUUUACCAUUAAUCACUUCUCAAUAAACGUGAGAUCCUGUUGAGCAUCA